GAGAGGGUUUGGGGAAAGACUCGGUCAGGAUUGUGGGGAGGAACAGAAAAAGCCUCUCAACAUCACCAUCACGCUCCAAAGACCAGCAGUAUAGACGAACAGCACCACCUACAACAUCGCCGCUCCACCGGGUCCCUCUCCGCUCACCGGCACCUCGCACGCAGACCAGGCGAAGCGUCCUUGGCGCCUCCUGAGCCGACACUGUCCGAUCAGAGAGCGAGAGAGAAAGAGAGAGAGAGAGAGAGAGAGAGAGAGAGAGAGAGAGAGAGAGAGAGAGAGAGAGAGAGAGAGUAGUUGUCUCUGACAUUAUAGAGUCUCCUACCACGUACUGUAUGUUACUUUUUUCCCCCUCCCGGCGACGUCCUCAGCUUAGUUGCGCUCCUGGAUUUUAAGUGCGUCUUGGCCAAGUCCGUCCCCGUCAAGCAGCAGCUCCAACCUUCCUGUCAAUCGGCCGGACCAAACAACCGGCGGACCGCUUGUUCUAUCUUUCACUUCACCCGGACAAGAUUUCAUGCGAUAUAAAGUACGGAUGCUGGAGUCUUUGAGUUGAUUGGAACAAAUAGAAAGCAGAAAAAAAGACAGAUAAAGGAAGAGCAGAAGAGUGAAGAGAGAGCCGAAGAAAGAGGAGAGAAAAGAAAGCAUAAAAUUCUUUAGAAAGAGGAGAGAAAGAAAGAGACGGGGACGAUGGGGAGGAAAAAGAUUCAGAUCACGCGGAUUAUGGAUGAACGCAACAGACAGGUGACAUUUACAAAGCGAAAGUUUGGCCUGAUGAAGAAGGCGUAUGAGCUGAGUGUGCUGUGUGACUGUGAGAUUGCCCUGAUCAUCUUCAAUAGCACCAACAAGCUGUUCCAGUAUGCCAGCACAGACAUGGACAAGGUCCUGCUUAAAUACACCGAGUACAACGAGCCCCAUGAGAGCAGGACCAACUCUGAUAUUGUGGAGACAUUGAGAAAGAAGGGCCUAAACGGCUGUGACAGCCCAGACCCUGAUGCAGACGACUCGGUCGGCCACAGCCCCGAGUCCGAGGACAAGUACAGGAAAAUAAACGAGGACAUUGAUCUGAUGAUCAGCAGACAGAGACUGUGUCAGGCCGUGCCCCCAUCAAACUAUGACAUGUCUGUGUCCAUUCCCGUUAGCAACCAGAACAAUCUCAUUUACAGCCAUCCUGGUAGUUCUCUAGGCAACCACAACCUGUUGCCACUGUCGCACCAUGGCCUACAGAGAAACAGCAUGUCUCCCGGAGUUACACACAGACCCCCCAGUGCAGGUGGCCUCAUGGGUGCUGACCUCACCACUGGCGCAGGCACCAGUGCUGGAAAUGGAUACGGGAACCACCGCAACUCGCCAGGUCUGCUGGUUUCUCCAGGCGGCAUGAACAAGAACAUGCAGGCUAAGUCUCCCCCGCCCAUGAACUUAGGCAUGAACAACCGCAAACCUGACCUACGUGUGCUCAUCCCCCCUGGCGCCAAAAACAACAUGCCCUCCAUCUCUGAGGAUGUUGAUCUGCUAUUGAACCAGAGAAUAAACAACUCCCAGUCUGCUCAGUCAUUGGCAACCCCAGUGGUAUCAGUAGCAACUCCCACUCUACCAGGACAAGGCAUGGGCGGUUACCCAUCUGCCAUCUCUACUUCUUAUGGUACCGAGUAUUCCCUGAAUAGUGCGGACCUGUCCUCCCUGUCUGGCUUCAACAGUGGCAGCUCCCUUCACCUCGGCUCAAUGAGCGGGUGGCAACAACAACACCUUCAGAACAUGCAGCAUUCAGCCCUCGGCCAGCUAGGAAAUUGCUCUAGCUCUCACUUAUGUCAGGGUUCAAAUCUCUCCCUGCCCUCUGCUCAAAGCCUGCACAUCAAGUCCGAACCUGUUUCUCCUCCUAGAGAUCGCACCAGCAGCACGGGGGGCUACGGUGGGGUACCACCUCCCCAGAACCCCUCGUCCCGCCAGGACUCGGGACGCUCCCCUGUUGAUAGCCUGAGCAGUUGUAGCAGCUCCCAUGAGGGCAGCGACCGCGAUGAGCACAGGAAUGAGUUCCACUCGCCUCUGGGACUGGCCCGACCCGCCCUGGACGAGCGCGAGAGCCCCUCCAUCAAACGGGUGCGCCUGUCAGAAGGAUGGGCAACAUGAUAGCUCUGUCCACUCCCCGGCAGUGCCCCGAGUUGCCCUGAGCCCCCCCGACAACGCAGCGUUACGAUGCCCCCAAAGUCAGCUCCCUCCUCUUCCUCCUCUCACUCGAUGUCACGAGUCACUCACCACCCAACCCCAUGGCCUCUCUCCUUUUAUCUCUUUAACGCUGAAGGAAAGAAAAGGGACAGCCCUUUUCAAAAAUAUAUUUGUAAUUUCUUUUUUUUUUCUUUUCUUUUUGCUGAGUGUGUGUGUGCUAUACAUAUUGACAUUAUAUAAACCAGUGGGGUGUUGUAAUGGGGGAUGGGGAGGGUGGGUGUUGGUUGGGACAGGAUCUGGGGGUAUUUUUGUUGGGGAACUAUGCAUAAAUUGUAUUGUGUUUGGAUAAAAAGAAUCAUGUAUGCAUAUAUCUUUACACGUGUGUGUAUGUGUACAUAUAUGCAUAUCAUCAAAUAAUCAAAAAAAAUAGGCAGGUACUCUGUUUCAUAAAACGUACUUACACUUUGCCUCAGCGAUAUAUCAGUGACUAGAAAAAAUAAAUUAAAAAAAAUAAUAACAUGAGAGUGAGUGUGUCCAAUGGAAAACACUUUAGCACUUGAGUUGGGCAAACAAUACAUGUGUACAGUGUCGGUUUCAUUGCUAUAUACCUUCUCUGCAGUUCUCCCUUGCAAAAAUGUGUGUUAACAUUAGAUGAUGUCAUGUUGCAGGUUCAACGUAUUUAUGUAAAUAGAGGGUGAAGGGGGGAAGGGCAGGGGUCAAAAGUUGCCAGACAUUACAAGAUUUAUUUACUCACAAAAUGAAAAGCUAUUAUGCAACAUUUGAAGGAUUGUACAGGUAAACAGGCAGACCCAAUGCUAGAUAUGUGGGACCUUUGAUUUUAGCGCUCCCCUUAAAGAACGGAGCUGAGCAAGGACCACCCUUUGAUCUGAGAACUACGUUAGUGUAAUCAAGAAAACUCUGGAUCUAGUAUUAAUAUUCAGUAUUAAUAAACAAAAACAAAAAAAGGAAAAAAUAAAAAACAAUUGUACGAUACACUUGCUUAUAUUUUCAUAUGAAAGGAAUACAAUGCAAAGCAUUUUUGUGGCUUUUUGUAGUUUCUAUAAGCCAGAAUGUGUUUUUGAUAGCUUUGCUAAUAAGAGAUGGAUAGUUCACCGAGAGGGGAAAUGAAGGGGCUCGGCAGCCCUAAGCCAUGAAAAACAGACCGAGAUCCAAUGCUUUGCUAAACUGUUUUAUCUUUGUAGAGGUUUGUUUUUAAACGUGUAUUUCUAAUUAUAUAUAAUAAUGGUAAUAUUAAGAUUCUUAAAAAAAAAAAACAAUCUGUGAAAUUAACAUGCUUGUGUAUAGCUUUCUAAUAUAUGAAUAUAUAUACUAAUGAUUUUUUUUUUUCUUGGUUUCUUAGUGGAGUUUCUAUGUGCAGCUGCACAUGUUGUCUGGUUUGUUUCAUUUGAGCCCUGAACAGUGCUGUUCAGGCGUGUAUUUAGUCUAACCUUAAAAACCAGCUGGAGGUUUGUGCGACGGAGAGAAAGACAGGCCUGAAUGCUGAAACACAAACCUGUUAGUGGAAAAUGUCAUGAGACUGGAACUCGGGCUGACACGGAAACAAAUGUUGACACAUGAUGUACAUGAUUGUCACACGGAUGAGGAAACAUGACUGACCCUCAAUUCAGAUGCAUUCAGAUGUCUAGAUGCAUUUGAAUGCAUCCGAUAUUUCAUUCUUAACCAUUUAAUUUAAUAAAGUUAAUCUCAUAAAACAUGUUUUUUGACAUUAGCGCUGUUCUGUUCCAUUUCAAAUCUUCACCACUUGUGUUCAAGAUGUAUCACAGGCCCAGACCCAAUCCAUACCAUUUGCCCUUUGAAUCCUAUUUAUGUCAUUUCAUUUUGCAAGAGCAUUGCGAUUAAUUAUCCCUGAUGAUUUGCAAACCUAAUUUGACUCGAUGUUGUCCCGUGUCUCUUUAUGUUCCACUCUUCAAAACAAGGUUCCACAUUAUUUACCACACGUCACAUCAUGACAGCCCGGUGUCAGAUACACGGACAUAUUGAUCAUGCUGGUAUGAAAGAAGCACAAUUGUUUAUUUUAAAUAAAUAGCUGUUUUGAUUUUCUCUUUUUUAAACAAUGAAACUAGCCACAUAUCUCUCUGCCUCCCACUCCCGUAUCUGCUGUCACUUAAGUGUUAUAAUAUUUUUAUGUGCAUAUUUCAUGCAGGUUCACUAUGUUGUUACUGUAUACAGUCUGUGUAGUCAAACAGGGGCAGAGCCUCUAUAAUGGUGUUCUUCUCUUUUUUUUUUUAUUCAAUACAAAAAGGUUGAGAAAAAAAUAAACAUGAUGUUUCAGGCAGCGUUAAGUGUGGAGAAACCAAAGCCAGUGGCAUUUCUGUGUUGUAAACUCAACUUUUAUUUUCACAUUCAUUUAUGGUUUUUUGCAAGCAUUGAAACAAGAGAAUAAAAGAAUUUGCUCAAAUGUACAAUUGGUUUCACAUUUCAAUUUGAGUCAGUCAAAUGUAGCUUUAGUAACAAUACCCACCACAGUACUGAACCUGUUUUGUUACUCAUUAGUCUCCAUGUGUGUUGAAAAUGUUUUACUCAAAAAGGUGUUUUGUAUUUACAAUUGGCUCAGAAUUGACCGAAUCCUUCAGGCCUGAUCAUGUUAAAAGGCAUGCUUGCUGUGCACUUGAUCAAAGCACACCAUGCUCUUAUUAUCAGGCUUCUUAAUAACUGAUUGAAACAAUGCCAACAUAUACUGAUGGCUGAUUAAGGUGCUGUAGUUUUGACAAAAUUUUGAACCAAAGACACAGAGAAAACAUGUCUUUAUAUCUAUUUUUUUUUUCUCAUUUCAAGGCAUUCUUUUUCCUCACCUGUUGAUCAGUUGUUCUGUCAUUAUUGUAAUAGACUAAUUGUCGGUACCCUGAAAAUUGACCCAAGCAGUACCUCAGCUGAUGUUUUGAUAAGUCACUUGCAGUAAAAAAGGGGAGACCAUUCACCUGUACAGCUAUGUGUAAUAACCAUGUAAUACCAUUGCUAAAGGUCCCCACAUUUAAACGGGAUUCCUUGUUUGUGGUUUAUUUAAGUUGUUCUCAAAAGCUGAAAAGAGUAAGUGUGUUAAAAUGCUUAAAAAGUCAGUGUGUAGUAUCACAUGUAGCUUGUAUAAACCUGAAAAUGGGAGAAGAUUGGAAGUAAUGUUUUCUGGAACGCAAGAGCGGCUUUCAGCGGCAUAAGCUGGCCUUUGUCGCCACUUGAGACUAAGAUGGUAAUGAAUUAAAUCCACAUCUCUGUAACUCAAGGGACUUGAUUCAGCUGUAUGUAGUGAAAACGUAAAGGGAUGAAAUAAAAGUCUCCUCUGCUGGAGGGAAAGGCUAUUUGUAUUUUGCAGAGAUUUCAGUAAAGUUACUGGCUUUCUUAGUUAUCCUGAUGUGACUUGGUGUGAUUUCAUUGUGUUUGACUUGUUUCUGCAUGCAUCUCCAAACGGUGGCUAAGUUCAGACUGUGCAGACAAAAAACAACAUGUGAAAACCUUCCCUGAAUGGGUGCCACACAGCGGCUUGACUUUAAGAUACAAUGCAGAACACUGAAAUAAUGACAACAGCAUAAUUUUCACAUUUCUUUCCAUUUCCAUUUUUAAAAAAUGUGGCAUUCUGACAUACAUUCAUACUGAAGACAUUUAUUUGACAUUCAAAGCCAAGGUUUAUCUUACUUACAGUAACAUUACAGUUGCUCCCUCUCUCAGUGAUACAUUAAGCACAAUGCACAUGGACAUGACAUUCAUGGGGG